GCACCGACUCUACUCUCAAACUCGUCGGUAAACCCGAGUAUGGCGACGGCGACGGCGGCGGCGGCGGUGGUGGUGGAGGUGGCCGCCGCGGCAUCACCGGAGCCUCUGGUGAAACUCGCCGAGAUUCCAGGCCGCGGACGAGCCCUUGUUGCAACCCGCGCCAUUAAACCCGGCGAGGUCCUGCUAUCCGAGUCGCCCCUCCUCCUCUACCCAGCCACCAUAGCCUCCAACUACUGCUCCCAGUGCUACCGAUCCCUCAGCGCCGGCGGUCACCGCUGCCUAGCCGGACCGCCACCCUCUCCAUGGCUCUCCGAAACCAUCGGUCGCCUCCGUUCCCAUGUUGGCGAACCAGACCUCUUCUCUCAGGCCUGCUUCCUCGCCGCCGCCUACGACCUCGCCGCCUUCUCUCCCUCCUCCUUCUCCCUUUUCCUUUCCCUCCAGGGCUCCCACACCGAUCCCUCCGCAUCAGUUCUCCACGCUCUUCUCUCCUCGCUCGCACCUUCCCCUCUUCCUCCGGGCUUCUCCCCGGACCUCACCGCUGCGCUGCUCGCCAAGGACAAGCUCAACGCUUUUGGCCUCAUGGAACCGUUCCGCGAGGAAGACUCUGGGGAGAGAAGGGUGAGAGCUUAUGGAAUCUACCCGAAAGCUUCAUUUUUUAACCAUGAUUGCCUUCCGAAUGCUUGUAGGUUUGAUUAUGUAGAUGGGGAUGGGGAAAACAACACUGCCAUUGUGGUAAGGGCUAUACAUGAGAUCCCGGAGGGUAGGGAAGUGUGCCUGAGUUACUUCCCUGUGAAUUGGAACUACAAAGAGAGGCAAGCGACGCUUCUCCAAGAUUAUGGUUUCAAAUGUGAGUGUGAUAGGUGCCAGGUUGAGAAGAACUGGAAAGAUGAGGAUGAGGACCAAGAGGAAGAGAUUGUGGAGAGUAUGGAUGAGGAGGAUGGGAUGGAAGGAAUGGAGGAAGAUAAUGGUGGUGUUGGUGGUGAAGAUGAUGGGGAUUUCCCUCAUGCUUACUUCUUUAUAAGGUAUGUGUGUGACAGGGAGAAUUGCGGAGGCACAUUGGCUCCUCUGCCUCCGGCACCCGGAGGGACUACUUCGAGUGUUAUGGAGUGUAAUGUGUGUGGCCGAUGCAAGACAGACGAUGGCUUUGGUGGAGAUGCUUCCAUGCUUGAUGAAUGAUUACUCUGUUGCUGUUUUGUAUGCUGUGUUAUAUUUUGCAGUGGGAUGCUGCUAUGAGCUAACGGCAUCAAAGCUAUGGUUCGAUCAAGCCUACUGCAUGGUAGUGCUAGGGGCAGCUGUUUCAGCUGUUAGCUCGAGGAGUUUGUAAGGAAUAAUCAUGCGAUUCAUGCAUACACCGAAGAGAAGGAAGUAUGAACUGAAGAGAUAAUCCCAAGAUGAGUAUUUCUGGUUUGUGAAAUUAGGUAGAUAGAUAAGUAGUGUGGUUUUGUUUUAACAUUGUUUGAGUUUGGGCAAACAUCUAGAUCUUCAGAUGUGUGUCUUCCUGGGCCUGGUUGUGCUAUAAACAGUUGAAAUGUUAUUGAAAUUGAGUUUCGAAGAAUGUUUUGCACUUCUGGAGGCAUCUAUUUGUUAUUAAAAAGAAUUAUGUUUCUUUUGUUCUC